GUCAACCGCUAAAGGCCCUGUUAGCCCUCCCCUAAGGGCCGCCUAGUGUCGCCUGAGAGGGGCACUGCUCAGCGCGGAACCCACUCCCCGCAUUCCCCAAGCCAAGGCGGUCCCCCUCUUCAGUUAGAGCCCGGCCCGGCGCUCUCCCUGCUGCAAUCAUCAUCACCGUUGCAUCAUCCCCAGCGUGAUCAAUAGUAGUCCCAGAGACAGCUACUGCUGAUGCUGCUCGUAAUCGCCGAGGCUAUAACCGGCUCGUAUACAUGUAUAUCGAAGCCAGCAGAGCUUCCCCCUUUUCCCUUAGAACGGUGCUAAGCCCUGAUGAACGAAAGCCAAAUCCUUCCCUCGUCACUAGUCAACAUCGUAAUCCUGCCGCGGGCUCCAUCAAUCUGCAGCUCCUGAGACACCAUCACCAUCGUCCAAGCAAGCCACUUCAUGCCCUGCCGCUGGGACUCGCUGGCAUGCAGAUGCAACCGCGCAACCCCAUUGGACGCGGAUCGAUCACCAGGCACACGACUCGCAGAUCUCGAACCACUUGCGUCCAGCCGGCGGCUCACCGACAAUAUGGCGAAAUGCAGCUUUCUCGCCCUCGUUUCGUGCUUCAUUUACACGAUGCUUUUUUUUUGUCCCCCUGGCAGCGUCUGGUUCCUUCACGUGGCCAUUUGACGGCAGCAAACACGUCUCCGGCCGCUCAGUGGUUUGAUAUACGUGGUUCAAAAUACGUACCUGUAAAUGCAUAAGCACUGCAUGAUUAGACGGUUCAUUCAACGCUUUCUCAUUUGGGUGUCAUCAGCAAAAAAAAAAAAAAAAAAAAAGAAAACAAAAAUACUACUCUACUUCGUAUAGAUAUUCUCCCUCAACUAAAUUUGGUUAAUCGCAAUACCGCGUUUCCC